UGACACGUUUUGCGUAAAAUAAUAACCUGUUGACACGCAGGUGAUUUAUCGCCUUAAGUAACCGUCUCAUCCUUACUCUCGGCAUUUACUGUUGUGAUAGUGGAAGAUCAUGAGUGAAAACGGCGAAAAAUUUAAAUUUGCGAUCGAUCGAGGCGGUACUUUUACCGACGUGUUCGCAAAAUGUCCUGGAGGAAAAAUCCGAGUUCUGAAGCUGUUGUCUGAAGACCCUCAGCACUACAAUGACGCGCCUACUGAAGGGAUCAGGCGAAUCUUGCAAGAGGAAACGGGGAACGCUUUAGACAGCGAUGGUCACGUUGACAGUACUCUUAUAGAAUGGAUUCGAAUGGGUACUACCGUGGCUACCAACGCCUUAUUAGAGCGAAAAGGGGAAAGAAUGGCAUUUGUUACCAACCAAGGCUUUAAAGACAUCCUCUUAAUCGGCAACCAAGCCAGACCUAAAAUUUUUGACCUUAACAUCAGGCGACCCGAAAUUUUGUACUCAGAGACCGUCGAAGUCGACUGUAGGGUCAUCCCGCUUCUGAAAGGCCGCUGUGAACUCGAAGACCCGACUUUACGAAGCUGGCGAGUCGUCGACUGCGCAUCCGGUGAUCGCUUCUACAUCACUCGCGAGCUCAACAAAGACGAAGUCCACUUGAAACUCAAACAAAUCAAAGACAAAGGUAUCAAUAGCAUCUCGGUAGCGCUUGCCCACAGCUACACCUUCCACGAGCACGAACUGGAGAUCGGGAAAAUAGCCAAAGAGCUAGGCUUCCAGCACGUCUCUCUGUCUCACCAAGUCAUCCCCAUGGUCCGUAUUGUCCCUCGAGGCUUCACUUCCUCAGCCGACGCUUAUCUCACCCCUCACGUAAAACGCUACGUCGAGGGUUUCGCCCACGGCUUCAAAAACAACCUAGAGGGUACUCGCGUCUUGUUCAUGCAAAGCGACGGCGGCUUAACCCCAAUGGACAACUUCAACGGAGCUCGGGCCAUCUUGUCGGGUCCUGCUGGCGGCGUAGUGGGUUAUGCCGUCACCACGUGGCAGAAAGAAACCAACUUGCCUGUCAUAGGCUUCGACAUGGGUGGUACCUCGACUGACGUGUCGCGCUUCGCGGGUAACUUUGAGCACGUCUUCGAAAGUACCACGGCUGGAGUCACCAUUCAAGCACCCCAACUGGACGUCAACACGGUGGCCGCUGGAGGCGGCUCCAUGCUCUUCUUCAGAUCUGGUUUAUUCGUAGUCGGACCUGAGUCCGCAGGGGCUCACCCAGGCCCCGCUUGUUACAAAAAGGGUGGCCCGCUUACUGUAACGGACGCCAAUUUGGCUCUCGGGCGGCUUCUCCCUGAGUACUUCCCGAGGAUUUUCGGCCCGAAUGAAGACUCGGCUUUGGAUAGAGACGCCACAAUUAACCUUUUCAAGACUUUGACAGACGAAAUCAACGACUUCUUGAAGACUGAGAGUCCGAUGAGUAUGGAAGAAGUCGCGAUGGGUUUUAUUCGAGUGGCCAAUGAGAGUAUGUGUCGUCCCAUUCGGGCUCUCACUCAAGCUAAAGGGUACGACACUGCCCGGCACGCUUUAGCUUGUUUUGGGGGUGCUGGGGGCCAGCACGCGUGCGCUAUAGCUCGCUCUUUGGGGAUGUCCACGGUUUUCGUACACAAGUACGCCGGGAUUUUAUCCGCUUAUGGGAUGGCUUUGGCCGAUGUGGUCUACGAAGCGCAAGAACCGUGCGCCAAGGUCUACAACAAAGUCAAUUUUGAGUACUUCGAUGAGCGUCUGCAGGUGUUGGAGGAGCAAUGUAAAGAAGAACUAAAGAAGCAAGGUUUCGGGGAAGAGAGUAUAGUUUUGAAGCCGUAUCUUCACAUGAGGUACGAUGGUACGGACUGUGCACUCAUGUGUGGUCCGGCACCAGGUGGUGGUACCACACACGGCGACUUCUUGGUUUCUUUCAUCGACAAGUACCAAUCAGAGUUUGGGUUUGUUAUCCACAAGAGGAAUGUCAUUGUGGAUGAUAUUCGGGUACGCGGGGUUGGCAAAAGCGACUUGAUUGAAGAAGUAGCCGUCGAAAAAGGUCACGACGAACCGACGUGCGAACAAACUGUUCAGGUUUACUUUGAAAACGGUGCGCAAGACACCAAUGUCUACCUUCUGAAGAAUUUGAAAGCCGGGCAUGUCAUUCAAGGUCCGGCUAUCAUUAUGGAUGAUUUGAGUACUAUUUUGAUAGAGCCGGAUUGCACUGGAGUUAUCACUACGUUCGGCGAUGUUAAAAUAACGGUUGGUACUGGAGCGGUGAAAGACAUCGGGCCCGAGUUGGACUCAAUUCAACUGAGUAUAUUUAGUCACCGGUUUAUGAGUAUUGCGGAACAAAUGGGGAGGAUCUUGCAACGAACGUCCAUUUCUACCAAUAUUAAAGAACGACUAGAUUUUUCUUGCGCUUUGUUUGGACCGGAUGGUGGAUUGGUGUCCAACGCGCCUCAUAUUCCCGUCCAUUUAGGGGCCAUGCAGGAGGCGGUUCAGUACCAGAUGAAGACUAAGGGUGAGUUCGAGUAUGGAGAAGUGAUUCUGUCCAACCAUCCAGCUGCUGGUGGGUCGCAUUUGCCGGACUUAACGGUCAUCACACCCGUUUUUCACCAGGACCUGCGUAAGCCCAUCUUCUUCGUGGCCAGCCGCGGCCACCACGCCGACAUCGGCGGCAUCACCCCCGGUUCCAUGCCCCCUCACUCCACGAGCUUAAGCCAAGAAGGCGCCGCCUUCAAGUCCUUCACCCUGGUGUCCAACGGUCGCUUCCUCGAGGACGAAGUCAUCUCCGCCUUCACCAAAGCCGGGGGUCGCAACCUCAGCGACAACAUCUCCGACCUUCGCGCCCAAGUCGCCGCCAACAAGAAAGGCAUCGCUCUGGUGGGCGAGCUCAUCGACCAGUACGGCCUGGACGUGGUGCAGGCCUACAUGGACCACAUCCAGAAGAACGCCGAGGUGGCCGUCAGGGACAUGCUGAAGCAGGUGGCCAAGGACGCGCUGGAGCGCACCGGGAGGACCGUCCUGGAGGCCGAGGAGUUCAUGGACGACGGCUCGCCCAUCGUGCUCAAAGUCACCCUGGACGCGGACAGCGGCUCCGCGGUGUGCGACUUCACGGGCACCGGACCGGAAGUUUGGGGUAACUGCAAUGCGCCCAAAGCUAUCACGCUCUCGGCCCUUAUUUACUGCCUGCGCUGCAUGGUCGGACACGACGUUCCGCUUAAUCAGGGUUGUUUGGCCCCCGUGCAGAUCGUCGUCCCGAAGGGCUCCAUCCUGGACCCCAGCGACGCCGCGGCGGUGGUCGGCGGCAACGUCCUCACGUCUCAAAGAGUCGUCGACGUUGUUUUGAAGGCCUUCAGGGCGUGCGCCGCUUCGCAAGGAUGCAUGAAUAAUAUUACAUUUGGCAGCGGCUCCUGGGGGUGUUACGAGACGGUCGCAGGAGGCAGCGGCGCGGGGCCCGGCUGGCACGGAUGUUCCGGAGUACACACACAUAUGACUAACACGAGGAUAACCGAUGUUGAAAUAUUGGAAAGGAGAUAUCCUGUACAUGUGCGCAAGUUUAUGUUACGACCAGACACCGGCGGCACCGGAAGAUUUAAGGGUGGCGAUGGGGUCUUAAGGGAGAUACUGUUCAGGGCGCCGCUGACGCUGUCGGUUCUCACGGAGAGGAGGGUCCUCCAGCCCUACGGACUGAAAGGUGGCGGUCCGGGCGCCCGAGGCCUCAAUCUCUUAAUCAGGACCGACGGUAGGACCAUCAAUCUCGGCCCGAAGACUGCAGUUCCCAUCCAGCCCGGAGACAUUUUCCAGUUGCACACACCGGGCGGCGGCGGGUACGGCCUUGAAGAAGACUGGCAGGACGAGCGAAACGGGGACGAGAAGGGUAAAACCGCCCCUGGGACCUACGUGAAACGUGGAAGCGUUUUCGAAUACACGCAGGGGCCGGAGAGUGUGUAAUUGGGGGGUGGGAAUUAGAAGGGCACAGUUAGGGUUGUUUGUAGUUAAAUAUACUUACCUUUUUGUGCACUUUUGCUUUUUUGUUUUAUUUAGUUAAGAGAAGUUUUCUAAACCUUGUUAAUCAAUUACAGAGUCUAAAUUAAUAAAUAUUCAGAGGAGUUGUUGAA